AUGGCCAAAGCGUACAAAAAGGAAGAUUUUGAGUACCUUAUGUCGAAGGUUGAUAAAAUUAAUCAUCGGGUGAAAGAUUAUCUAUAUGAUGCAGGAUAUGAGAAGUGGUCAAGAGUUUAUGCUCCUAUAAAUAGAGGACGGAUGAUGACAUCUAAUAUUGCAGAAUGUAUAAAUGGUUGUUUAGUGGAGGCGCAUAAAUUACUGAUUUUAGAUUUUUUGGAAGAAGUCAGAAAAUUAUUUAUAGCAUGGAACUGUAAAAACAGAGAAAUUGCUUCACAAACAGAAACAACUUUAGGGAAAAAGUUAGACGAAAUCCUCACAGCUAAUGGAGUUAAAGCAUCUAGAAUGACGGUCAAGCCUGCAUUAGAGUAUCAUUAUUUAGUUUCUGAAUCUGGGAGAAUAUACGUUGUGGACUUGGAUGCUAACAAAUGCAACUGCUGUAGAUUUCAAAUUGAUGAAAUUUCAUGUUUGCACGUGAUUGCAAUUUUGAGAAAUAAAUAUAUUACGAAGUUUCGUUCGUGGUGCUCUGAUUACUAUAAGCCUGCGACAUUAGUGAAGAUAUAUGAAGUUCCAGUAGUACCUAUGCCAGAUAAGAAGGAUUGA